AGUGGAAACCUUGAAGUUUCAGGUACCUAGGUGAAGUCGCCCUGCUUGCUCGGACAUUUCCAAGGCUCGAGCUGGCUAGGGUGGGUCAAGGAUUGUCCACCUUUUAGGACAGGUGCAGCCUGUAGGGAAGGUUGAACACAGGGGCGGAGGGCAGCGGUGGUUCCUUCUGACAUCACAAGAGGCGUAUUAAAUCGAUUAGGUUGGAUUAGCUAUCAUCACAGACGAGCCUCGAGGGUGCCCAACAAACGCAGUGUCGUAGUGGGAGGAUUGGGGCGCUCUGCGACGUUGGACGAUCUGCUUGGGCACACAUGCAGAUAGACUCCGACAACUCUCGAGGGGGCCGCGGGCCCGUCUGGCGUGGAGGGGGGCGCUCCGCCGGUCGCAGCGGGGGCAGGAGCGGGGGUGGCACCGCAAAUGUCCCCUGCCGGUUCUUUCUGGAAGGGAAAUGCGAGCGGGGGGACGCCUGCAAUUUCUCGCACAACGUCGACCCAGGAGCAGUGGCCAAUGGACGGAAACGAAUCUCGGAACGGGGGCCGGCGGCGCACGACCCGCGGCCCGGGGCGUCAUUUGGCGGCGGUAGAAAUGGGUUGGGGCCGAGUGGCAGCGCCUUUGAUCGGUUAGGUGGUCAAAGUGGUCAAAGCCCGUUUGAUCGCCUAGGGGGAGGCGCUCCGCAGGCGCCGCCGGCGGCGGGGUCUGGGUACGGUGCUUAUGGAGGGGGGGGGAUGCAAAACGGGGGGCAAGGGGGCAGGGGCCAGCAGGCGCGGUUUGGGCGGCGAGGGGGGGGUGCCGGGAGGAGUGGGCCGCAGCAGCAGAAGCGGGGGGUGUGCCGGUAUUGGCUGGGCGGGUCGUGUAGAAACGGGGCGAAUUGCAACUUUUUGCACGUGCACGCGACAGCGCCGGACGUGGACCUUAUGACAGAGCUGAAAGGGCACGAAAAGGCGGUUCGGGCCAUUGCCUUGCCUGCGGGUUCAAGCGAAUUGUAUACCGGGAGUCAAGAUCAGUCUAUACGUGUAUGGGACUGUGAAACUGGGCAGUGUAAAAGCGUCGUGCCGAUGGGUGGGGAUGUGGGGGCCCUGCUGACAGAGGCCGGGUUCUUGUUUGUGGGUUUACCAAAUGAAAUUAAGGUCUGGAACAUGCAGAGCGCCCCUCCAGCCCAACACAGCCUCCCGGGUCACGUGGGUCAGGUCCAUUCGCUUGCGGUCGGAAACAACAUGCUCUUCAGUGGAGCCCAGGAUGGCACAAUACGCUGCUGGGUUCUCAACACUACCUCCCAAAACUUCGAGCACGUGGGCACACUCUCGGGCCACACCGCCCCCGUCGUCACGCUUCAAUGCGCCGCCAAUAAGCUAUACUCGGGGUCCAUGGAUAAGAGCAUCCGCGUAUGGGAUCUCACGGCGAACGGCGCGUGCAUACAAACGCUAACCGCGCACGAAAACGUGGUCAUGAGCCUCCUCUGCUGGGACCAGUAUUUGAUAAGCUGUUCCCUGGAUAACACGAUCCGGGUUUGGGGGCUUAACCCGGCGGGUCAACUGGAGAACACGUACACGUACCCGGAGGUCGAGGCGGGGGCUGUGCGGGCGGCGCAAACGCCACAAGAUGGAGCUUUGGCCCUCUGCGGUUCGUUGGACGAGGCGGGGAAGCCUAUUUUGGUGUGCGCGUACAACGACAAUUCGGUCCGACUCUACGACCUGCCCACGUUUCAAGAACGGGGCAUCCUCUACUCGAGUCGAGAAGUCAGGACUCUGUUAGCCGGGCCGAGCGGGUUGCUCUUUACAGGGGAUAGUGCGGGGCUGGUGAAAGUCUGGACUUGGAAGAAGGCUGCACCCAGUUGAUUAUUUUGAAAGCUACUUAGUGGAAAUAGCGACACUGACUAUAGUGUUCUGUCAUUCCGGAAUUGAAAGGUCCGAUCCGCCUGUGAACGUG